GUUUUGUCUGCACCAUUCGUGAACUUUCGAACCUCAUUCAGUCAUAACAACCUCUGUAUAAACUAGUCUUCAACCGAACAUCUUCUCCGACAUCGUCCUUGCUUGGUUGAUAUAUACUUGCUCAAGUCAUUCCGUUCUCUUGAGUCUCAACUACAAUCCAGAAUACCAUGGCCGAACUCUGGAAUGAGAUCCGUAAAAUUCCUUCAGUAACCCGCUUUCUAUGCGGGUCGUCUCUGUUAGUGACAGUCCCUGUCAUGCUCGAGAUUGUAUCCCCAUAUAGCAUCGUCUUCGUGAAGGAGCUGGUGACGAGACAUUACCAGGUCUGGCGAGUGUUCACGAGCUUCUUCCUUGGAAGUUCGGGCAUCAACUACAUCUUCGACUUCGUGAUGCUCUACCGAAAUUCCAGCCAACUUGAGACAGCAUACUAUGCACGCCGUUCCGCGGAUUACGCGUGGCAGCUCCUACUAGCGGGGGCUUCCAUUCUGGUCCUCAACAUUCCUCUCCAUUCUUUCGUACACACCCGCCCGCUGCUCCUUGCGCUUACCUACCUCUCCUCGCGCCUUGCCCCUCCCGGCUCGCAGACUUCGCUCUUCGGGCUCAUCUCCUUCCCGGUCGUCUACCUCCCCUUUGCACUUAUCCUCCUCGACCUUUUGAUGGGUGGGCGCGCUGCGGCCGUUCAGAGUAUCUCUGGCGCCAUCGUUGGUCACCUGUGGUGGUGGGGCGUGUGGGACACUGGUGUCCUCCGCCGGGUGGGAACUGCGCCCGCGUGGAUGAAGGCCCUGGUAGGUGAUGGUGGAGGGCCAGCGACGGGUGGUGCUGGUAGUACGGGAGGAGUGCACGUUGUGCCACCGAGGCGUCUGAGAGAGGAGGCACAGACUUCUGGUCAUCGCUGGGGCACCGGGAACAGGCUGGGAGAUAGCUGAUGGAAUUCAUUUAUGCCAUGUUGAUGUAUGUAUGUAGGCUAUAGAACAGGAAACUCGCAUUUUAGUGCUACAACUUCUAGCACUAGUAGCUGCAUUAAAAUGCGAGUUUCCUCUCCUGAAGUAUAGUAAUAACUGUCUCAUCCCCAG